AUGGGCCCCUUCAAGCCUCUGCACAUUCUGGCCUUUGGCGCCACCGGCAACAUUGGAAAACACAUCGUCAACCAGCUCAUUCGAGCCAACCCCCCGUUUCCCAAAAUUUCGAUCUUCACCUCUGCAAACACAGUCUCUAAUAAGCCCGAACUCUUGGCCAGAUGGAAAGAUGCAGGCAUAUCGGUAAUCGUGGGUGAUAUCACCAGCUCAGCAGACGUGAAGAAUGCGUAUCAAGGUGUCGAUACCGCCAUCAGCUGCCUUGGCCGAGGGGCUCUUGAGCUUCAAUUUCAGCUCAUCAAAUUGGCGGAUGAGUCGGAUUCCGUCCGAUGGUUUUUCCCGUCGGAAUACGGGACAGAUCCGGACCACGACCCCAGCAGUGCUCACGAGAAACCUCACCAGUUGAAGCGAAGAGUGCGCAAGUUAUUCGCGGAGGAAGUGAAAAAUCUGAAGCCGACGUUUCUUGUCGUGGGACCAUACAUUGAGAUGUGGGUUGAUGGUGGUGCACUGAAGGAUGCCUUUGGCGGGAUUGAUGUUGAGAAGAAGGAGGCAACUCUGCUUGGAGAUGGAGAGCAGCCUAUUGGCUUUACGGCCAUGGACGACGUGGGCAAAGCGAUGGUAGCGGCACUAAAGCGGCCCGAAGUCUCAUUUGGCAAGAUUCUUAAGAUUGCUUCGUUCACAAAGUCAGCGAAACAGGUCCUGGCCGAAUUUGAGAAGCAGCUCGGCCAAGAAUUCAACGUCAAGUACAUCCCGCUAGAUGAUGCGAAGAGCCUCGAGAAGAAGUAUUGGGACGAGGGCAAUCCAGCGGCAGUUGUCGGAACGCUGCGCAGGAUCUGGGCCACUGGAGGAGCAGUUUAUGAUAAGCUGGAUAAUGAAGAUCUUGGAUUGCAUCCGGAUCAGCUGCAAUCUUUAGAGGUUGCGGUGCGAAACCAUCUUGAUAAAGUCCCCUUUUGA